UUUGUCUCCCACACACGUUUGACGCCAUCUUGAAAUUACACCCGCAGUUUAUCAAGUCGCUCCCAAAUACAAAAAAUAAAAAACUCUCCAUUAUUGCAUCAGUGUCUGGUAUGAACGGUUCGCGAAACAAAUCGGCACCGACAGUCAGUAAGAGUCAGACGGACGGAGACACCACCAGCUCGGAGGCGAAGCUCAGGAAGCGACAGACAGGUGGAGGAAUGCUGAAGAAGCUGAAGUCGAGGCGCAGUCAGACGGAGAAGUGGCCUGUGGUCACAGAGGAUGAACUGCGGGCUCUGGGGAAAGAUAUUACCCCGGACAAUGUCCUGGGUCUCCGGGCAGUCACGGAGGACUAUCUGUGCAAACCUGAAGACAAUAUCUACAACAUUGACUUCACACGUUUCAAAAUCCGAGAUCUGGAGACAGGAACAGUGCUGUUUGAGAUUGCCAAACCGCCUAACAACAGUCCUGUGGAGGGGGAAGAAGAGAGUGGCGAUGUCGACAUCAGUGCAGGGCGUUUUGUGCGAUAUCAGUUUACACCAGCCUUCCUCAAACUGUGCACAGUUGGUGCAACUGUGGAGUUCACAGUGGGCGACCGGCCCAUUAACAGCUUUCGUAUGAUUGAGAGGCAUUACUUCCAGGGACGCCUACUGAAGAACUUUGACUUUGACUUUGGAUUUUGCAUUCCCGACAGCCGCAACACUUGUGAACACAUUUAUGAGUUUCCACAGCUUCCAGAUGACCUCAUUCGCCAAAUGGUGGCGCACCCUUACGAGACCAGAUCAGACAGUUUCUACUUUGUUGACAACAAACUCAUCAUGCACAACAAGGCAGAUUAUGCCUACAAUGGUGGUGUGUAAUACCGGAGGGGAUAAUGUUUGCAAUACUUCCCAGGGGAUUGAUUUCCUGCAUUACAACCACGCAAAACCUUCUUCUUGGGGGACAGAAGUAUUCUCUCCUUUGAGGACAUUCCACCAAACAUUCUUCAGAACCAACGGACCACAUCUGCCUUCAUAUGAAAUCAUGGAUCCAUUCAUCAGUACCUCCACUGAGCUGAGUUUCUGUGACUCCGAGAAAUGUUCAGUCAAAUAUUUCUAUGUUAAAUCUGACUAAAACCUUUUUGUUCCGUCUUUCGGUUUGUCAUACAAGUAUAAUGUUUCACUUUUGCCUUAAGUUUCUUGCCGUCUCUGCUGGAAAGGGACACUUUGAGUCAAAGACCUCUCAUGGCAAAGCCUUUAGACUGUGCUAGUUAUAACUUAAUUUACUUUACUAUGUAGAUUGUUAUCAAUUGAUGUUUUCUAGAAACAAUUUUCGGAAGUGACAAUUGUGUUUCCCGUAAGGAAAAACGAGCAUUAACUAGAUGUUUUACAGUAUUGAACAGUAGAUGAUCAUGUAGCAUUAGUUGACAUUGUUUAAGUUUCAUUCUUGCUUAAAUAUCUACUAUCAGUUGUCAAUUAUUGGGACUGUUUGUGUCAGAUAUUUAAGUUUGGUUUUGGUUUUGUAAGGAACAUUAGGUUGACCAAUCUCAUCUUUAGUAGGACCUUUUUAAGUUCAAGAACAGCAUGAGCUCUUUUUAUGAUGUCAGCUGUUCGCUCUGCUAAUAUCUGCUACAUAACAGUUUUUACAACAUAAUUGGCUGUCGCCUGGGCAUCUAGUGUUUGUUCUAUCAAACUCUGAAACACACUGUGAUACAUGAAAAUAACAAGAUAACACCCUAAUCUGAUUCUUCCUGAUUUAUUUGGUACAACGGCACUGGGAAUCCCACUCUUGUUUUCCAGUGGUGUGGUAUACCUAUUAAAAUGGUUGCUGAGUGUAUAUGCUGCUGCUCUACACUCAGGUUUUCAAUCUAUCAAUUAAAUACACAGUAGCACACAACACAACAGUACAGACUGAUGUAGUUGAUCUAUUUUUAAUGAGGCGGUUUGAUAGAUACAUACAUUGACAUGUUUCUCUUCUCAUAGAAGCCCUGUUUUAAGGACUAUACUGGUGGUUUUGCAUAUUGUAUCCAUUAACUACAUAUUCGGUAAUAUUUUCAUUUUACACAUGGUUCCAGUCUCAUUAGGUACACCUGAACAAUGUAAUGGCAUUUUGCACAACAGCCUUACAAUAAAUCCUCCCUUAUUAAGCUUGCAAUGCUCAUUAAGCUUGCAAUGCUCAUUUUGGUGAAUCUUUAUCACUUUAUUUAAGCGGCUGAUGUGCUGUUGAAUUGUAUUCUAUACACUGAGUCUGUGAGUCUGAUUAGACAAUUCCAUUUCUCAGAUUUUCCCUUUGUACAAACAUGAUUGGAAAUCAGCAGCUGCCUGAGGGGAAAGAAAUACUUCUUAAAUGGUCAGUAUUGCUAUUAUUAUUAUACAAUGCAUUUAAUUAAUAGUCUAAGGGUUGUUUUCAAAUGUUACACAAAUGUUCUGUUAACUGUACUUUAUAACAUUGAUUCCAUGUGCCUUAUAUCCAGGUGUUUGUUUUUAGGUUGUUUUUUUUAAUGUAAGAGACCUUUGUGCAUCAUCCACCUGUAUGGCUGAAGGGAAGAGAAAACAUUGCAGUACUGCCUUGUGUGAAACAAUCUUAUUUACUCUUAUACAAUUUGGCAUUUUACAGUUAAACAGUGGCAACCCCUUAUGUCGGCUAUCUAUAACUUACAGGUGUGCUAUCAGGCACACACUUGGACAGCUGUAGAACCUUUUUUUAUUAUCAAUUGGAUUAAUUGGAUGUAUGUUGGACUGCUGAUUAGCAGCACUGCUGUUCUAAGAGCUAGAAAGACUGUGCAUUGCUUUGCCAUAUAGUAUCAGUCAGUGGUAGUAACUUUGGAUGAUCUAAAUGCCUUGAGAAGUGGCGACACUUUGUCUGCACUAAAAGACUACUUGGCUGACCCAAAAAAUGUAUGUAUCUGUUCUGUAACCUGUUGUGAAGACUCUUUUCCUAUUGGCUAAUUUGACAAAUAAUUAAUUCAUGUCAUAUCAGAUUUAUUGUAAAUAAAAAUGGUGAACUGCAAAA